GUCACCCUGCUCCCAAAUCAGUGGCCUCUCUUCUCGUCGCCGUGCAUUUGGUGCCAUGGGGACCCUGCGUCAGGUGUUGGAGGAGGAGCUCGAGGCUCUCAGGGACAAGAUGACCCAAUACCUGCCUUACUCUGCUGGGAUCCACGGGUUCAUCGAGGUGAUACUCAAGUGCCAAUUGCAACAGAUACUUGACGUUAAGGUGUACAUUCCCGAUACCCCUCAACCUUCGUCUCUUGUUCUGAUCACACCCUCUUGUUCUCAACCAAACAUACAGAGUGUGACGAUUUUCUGGGAUACAGAGGAGGAGAAGGACGAAGAUGUUGUAAGAAUGCUGAAGACAUUGCCUCACUGGGACUGGUCAGCCCCUAUUUACUUCAGACUUAAUCCCACUGCUGUUUACAAUAAGUUGCAACAAUACAUGGCGGAUGGAAUGCUUACAACUGCACAGAUGCGUUGUCACAAGAUAAUUGAUGGGCAUCUUUUUUCCUUGGACAGUCCAGAUGUUCCACAUUUCGAAAUCCCUGAAGGAUUUUCGAUCAACAGUCUCCAACCUGAAGACAUACCGACAAUCAUCUCAGAAUGGAAGAGCAAGUGGUAUGAGACCGAGGCAGGCCUGGGGUCUCUCUUGACCAAGUUGCCAUCAGUGGCCAUCCGCAGUCACCAGACAAAUGGCAAUGAUGAUUCGGCCUCAGAGCACUCAACAGGACGCAGUCUAGUCGCCUUUAGCUACCUAUAUCACAUCGGCUUGUUGGCCAACAUCUUCACCAUGCCUGAGCACCGGCGAAGUGGGUUGGGCAGGGCAGUGGCGCUCACCAUGGUCGAGAAGCUCCGCCAGAAGAAGCUGCCGGUGCGCUCGGUCGUUGACGGCUCCAACGGCGUCUCCAUCAGCUAUCACCAAAAAUUGGGUUUCAAGAAGCAGUGCAACAUGAAAAUAUUCCUUAUGUUACCUGUUGGAAAGACGAUGGAGGAUUAUAAGAAUGUAUUACUGUUCACAAACAACUCCACGUCACAACAGUGCCGUUGGUGCCAUGGCGACCCUGCGUCAGGUGUCGGGGGAGGAGCUCGAGGCUCUCAGGGACAGGAUGACCCAAUACCUGCCUUACUCUGCUGGGAUCCACGGGUUCAUCGAGAUGAUGCUGAAGUGCCAAUUGCAAAAGAUACUUGACGUUAAAGUGUACAUUCCCGAUACCCCUCAGCCUUCGUCCCUCGCUCUAGUCACACCCUCUUGUUCACAACCAAACAUACAGAGUGUGACGAUUUUCUGGGACAUAGAGGAGGAGGAUGACGAGGUUGUAAGAAUGCUGAAGACAUUGCCUCACUGGGAUUGGUCUGCUCCUACUUACUUCAAAUUUAGUCCUACAGCCGUUUACAAUAA